UCAGAAAGUGAAACCACAAAACAGCGCUCAGUCAGUUUUCGUUCCGCAGCUUUUCGUUCGUCGUCGCGAGUUCUUUUUUUUUUGCGCUCUCUCGGAAGAAUUUGCUAUCUUAUCAACCUUUAUAUUUCGUGCGCUGUGUGGCAAAUUCGACCUCGGAAAUGUCCGUGAGGCGUGCUUAACGCGGUGAUGAUAACAGGGUUGUGGAAUUCACGUCAGCAGCACAUCAAUCGGAUCGAUUGUGGAUAACCUUUGGAGGAGGGAGUUGCAGCUGUAGAAUCAUGAGCUCCGGAAGCUAUGACUCGACGAUCAUCGCGACCGUCACGCAGAAGUUUCGCGAGGGCGAGUCCAUCCUGGCGAUCUUUGAAGCGUACCAGAUCGUGGGGGCCAAACACCAGAACCGGCUGCUGGUCGUCGUCAGCUCCAACUACACGUCGGCGCUGUUUGCCUUCUCGAUCGCGCGCUACCCGCCGGAAAACAUCUCCGACCUGACCGUGGUCGUCGUCUACCCCAUCGAUGAGUCAUUCUGGCUCAAUUCAGAAUCCGGUGCCGCCGGUUCCAUCUCGAGCCACCAGUUCACCAUCUUCUCGCAGAAUGAACCAACGGUGUAUUACUACCAGGCGACGCCGGACACGCUCAGCUCGCGGGACAACUUUAUCUCCAAGCUGAAGGAGCUGGUGUCGGCGUACAAGAGCGCUUCGUCGCAGGCUGCGGCCGCCAGCUUCCCGUUGGACUUUAAGUGGCUGGACUACUACAAACGGGCGGAUCUGCAGGCGAUCGAUCGGAACAUAGCGGACGGUAGUCAACCGCCGAAGACGCGGGACUCCAAGUUUAAGGAGGAGUUGGAUCGACGAAGGCACGAGUACAUUGUGUACGGGCCGUACAAGGUGUACACGGGGACGUGGAACGUGAACGGCCAGACGUCGGAGAACAUCGAGCUUCCGGAGUGGCUUUCGACGACGGAGGAUCCGCCGGACAUUUACGCGGUGGGCUUUCAGGAGAUUGAGUGGACGCCGGAGAAGAUUCUGAUGAACGAGACGAAGAUUGACCGGACGUGGGUGAACAAGGUCAUGAGUGGUUUGCAUAAGGGGGCGGCUUACGAGGAGUUGGCGUCGGUGCGGUUGGUGGGGAUGAUGCUGACGGUGGCGGUGAAGAAGUCGUUGCGGGAUCAAAUCUCGGAUUGCCUGACGGCGGCGGUCGGGACGGGGACAUUGAAAUGGGGUAACAAAGGAGGAGUCGGAGUGAGCUUCCAGCUGAACGAAGCCUUGCUGUGCUUCGUCAAUACGCAUCUGGCUGCCCACACGCAAGAGGUGGAUCGCCGUAACGACGACCACGACGAAAUCAUCCGGAGAAUGUCGUUUGAGAAAACGUUCCGGGGUCGAUCCAUCGACGAGCAUCAUCACAUCUUCUGGAUCGGGGAUCUGAACUACCGACUGAACGGCGACAUAACCCAGGAGUACGUGAACGACAAGGGCCGCGACUACAACCAGCUGUACCCGUUCGAUCAGCUGUACCAGGAGAAGCUGCGCAAGCGAAUCUUCCGCGAGUACAAGGAGGGCAAGAUUCUGUUUGGACCGACGUACAAGUACAACCCCGGGACGGACGAUUGGGACAGCAGCGAGAAGAGUCGCUGUCCGGCGUGGUGCGAUCGGAUUCUGUGGAAGGGGCCGCGGAUAGAGCUGCUCAAGUAUGACAGUGUGAUGCAGUUGAGGAGGAGCGAUCACAAGCCGGUGUACGCCGUGUUCAAUGUGGAUGUUGAAACUAAGGACGAACACAAGUUCAAAAAAGUUCACGAAGAAGUAUUGAAAACGGUGGACAAAUUUGAAAAUGACAACCAACCUCAGAUAACUGUCGAACAAACCGACAUCGACUUUGGCCUGAUUCGGUUCAACGAAAAGUUUUCGCGGGAGCUGCUGGUGGCGAACAAUUGCCAUCUGCCGGUGCGGUUCAAGUUUGCCGCCAAGGACGACCGCACGAGCCAGGUGUGCGAGGAGUUUAUCCACAUCAACCACAAGUCGGGAGAUCUGUACACGGGCAACAGCUUGAGCAUUCGGAUCGACAUUUUUGUGGACGCGAAGGCGGCGUCGCAGAUGUUGCGGAAGUUGAAGGACGCCAAGGCGGGGGUGAAGAUUCCGCUGGACAUUCUUGUGCUGCACGUGGACAAGGGACGGGAUAUUUUUAUUACGAUUUUUGGCGAGUACAAAACGAGUUGCUUCGGGGUGACGCUGGAGACGUUGAUGAAGCUGAACAAGCCGAUCUUUGAGUAUGACAUCAACGAGAUCAUUGCGCUGGAGAAGGAGGAAAAGCUGUUGGAUUUGACGGACGACGAGAAUCUCAAGAUACCGCGAGAGGUGUGGCGACUGGUGGACUAUUUGUACAACAACGGGUUGGAUACGGCGCAGCUGUUCACGACGAACAGGACGCACUCGCGGCAUGAGAAUAUCUUGGAGAUUCGCGACUGGCUGGACAGUUGGUCGUCGGAACCGUUUCCCGGCAUUCCGAAAACGGCAGCGGAAGCAUUGCUGAUGCUACUCGAAUCUCUACCGGAACCGGUGGUCACCAUCAGCGAGCGCGAGUGCAUCGUCAACGCGGACAACUACGACCGCUGCCGGGAGCUGAUCCGGACCAAGCUUAAGCCAGUCAACCGGCUGGUCUUCCUGUACGUUUGCAUGUUCCUGAUCGAACUGCGGAGGAGAAAUCCCAACAUGCGACUGGAGUUGCUGGCCACCAUCUUCGGUCGGAUAAUGAUCCGAAGUCAACUUCCUCCGGCGCGGCCAACCCAAGCCGGUGGAGCCGGGGACGUGUACGCGUACACCGAGGGCGAACGGGACCAGCGGCGACGGUUUAUGAUGACGUUCCUGACCAGCAAGAUUCAGGAGUUUGCGCGGGCAGAGAUCGGCACCGGGAACUAGCAGGACUUUUUCAAGUACUUCCAUGGAGUAGAUUAGGGCGGGGGGAAAUAUACCUAAGUCGACCACCGAGAGAAAGAAAGAAGUUGGCACAUUUCGCUUGGAAAUAAAAUUCCAGCAUUUUUCGUUAACGACGUAGCAUUGUUUCGUACACUCAAAAAAAUAAGACGUCAGAAUGCCGGAUUUGUCCAAAUCUAUGGCAUAUUUUGUAAAAAGGAGCAACUCGUCUCUUUGUAUUCACAGAUGUACGAUUUAGUCUUGGUUACGACUCGACUCUUCGAAGUAUUGUUUAUCUGAACAUCCGAAAAUUUGAAAGUUUCGAAUUAAGCACAGACGAACGAGAACGGACUACGACUCAUCGAUUUCACUAUCUACCGAAACAUGACCAUACGUAGUACCUUCUUCCAGCACAGCCUUCUCUGCUAGUACACCUGGAGAUCACCAAACGACACGGAGACGCAAAUCGACCGUGUUCUUAUCGAUGGUCGGCACUUCUCGGACUUAAUCGACGUCAUAACCUACCGUGGCGCGGGCAUCAACUCGGACCACUACCUGGUGGUGGCAAAGCUGCGUCAACGCCUGUGCGAGGUAAACAAGAUUCGGAUACGUGGACCGAGUUCGACGAGGAAUGUCAGGCGAUUUGGCACGAGAAGACAGUGGCUGCUGCACAACACCCGUGGGAACAAGGAGUCGUACACACUGUUGCGAAGACAGCAAACCCAUCUCUUUCGGGAUAAGAAGCGCCGCCUGGAAGAGUUGGAGUUCCAGGACAUGGAACAGCUGUAUCGCUCCAACGAAUCUUGACGGACGAGCGUGAGGUGAUCGAAAGGUAGAAGCAGCACUUCGACGAACGGCCCAGAGGCGGAGUACCAGGGCGACGGGGGACGCGACGUCAGUGGUAUGGUGGACGGCGGGGACAAGCCAGCACCCACGAUGAGAGAAGUUAAUGAUGCCAUCAAGAAACUGAAGAACAACAAAGCAGCGGGUAAGGAUGGUACUGGAACUGUUCAAGAAGGGCCCGGACAAGCUGUCUACACCGGCUGAUAGUCAAGCUCUGGGACUCAGAACAGCUACCGGAGGAGUGGAAAGAGGGAUCUACAAGAAGGGAGGCAAAUUGGAAUGUGAGAACUAUCGUGUCAGCACUAUUCUCAACGCGGCCUACAAAGUGCUGUCUCAGAUCAUCUUCGAUCGGACCAAAUCUUUUUGCUAUGCCAAAUCCUCAAAAAGUGUCGCGAGUUCCAGAUCCCGAUGCACCAUCUGUUCAUCGAUUUCAAAGCCGCUCAAAACGACUCGAUCGAGCUAUGAAAGAUCACGUACGAGAACGGCUUUCCCGGGAAGCUGGUCAGACCCGAUCGAGUCGCGCAAGGGACUGCGACAAGGCGACUCUGUUUCAACAUUGGGCUUGAAGGUGUUAUGAGGCACGAUAAUCGACCGAUCCAGCCAUUUCAUCUGCUUUGCCGACGACGUGGACAUUGUCGGUAGAACGUUCGAAGAGGUGGCUAGGAGGUACACCUAAUUGAAGCGGGAAGCGAAGAAGGUUGGAUUGAAGGUGAAUGUGGUGAAGACGCAGUAUCUGCUUGCAGGAGGAACCGAGUCCCUGGUCUGGUCACGUUUCCCGGCGUACAAAGUGCACCAUGUACGAAACGCUAAUAAGACCGGUCAUUCUCUAUGGGCACAAGACGUGGACGAUGCUUGAGGAGGACGUGCUUUCGAACGGCGAGUGCUUAGGACGAUCUUUGGCGGCGUACGUGACUACAAUGCAUGGACGAGAAGGAUGAACCACAAGCUGGCGCAACUCUACGAUAAUCCAAGUUUUCGGAAGGUUGCCAAGGCUGGCCAAAUCCGGUGGGCCGGACACGUCGCAAGAAUGCCAGAAGUUGCACCAAGUGAGGAUCUGGAAAGUUUGGGGGUUCCGAGUCGGAAUUGGAGAGAAGCAGCCCAGAAACUUUUUUUUUACAGCCCAGAAACGAGUUAGAUGGCACCGCAUCUGGAGACAGCUUAUGACCCAUGCAUGGACAAAGUUUUCAUUUUAGAUUUGCGAAAUACUCUUACUCAUGUUCUGAAACUCGAUGUCUUGCAAUGCUACGUCGUUUGUUAACAUCACACCAGAAGAAAUAAAAAAAUCGAUUUCGCAUUUGUUCCCAUCCAUAUUGAAAGCCUAAAUCUGUUUGAACUAUAGUUUAAAACUUGUUAUAAAUAUUCUUAGAACAUUUUCACCGACAUCUUUCCAUGAUUUGAGUAGACGUUUAGAUAUUCAAUAGCAUACUCAUACAUAAAUGUAGCACUAUUUAUGCAUGAAUGAAUGAAUCUUAAGCAUGCAUUUGCAACGCGGGACAUAAAUUACGUAUAAAACAAAAUUACACCAUCUAUAAGGAUGAAACUUAACUUAUGAAUGCGCCAUAUAAAAUUAAAAAUGAGAAAAUUAAAAUCCCAUCGCGCGUUUUCGAGUAAAGUCUAAGCAAUAAUGAUUUUCAAACUGUGCGGGUGAAAAAAAAAACUUUGGUCAGAAUACACUGUAAAAAACGGUUAUCACAAUUCAUGAAAAUAGUAAUCGAAAAGUUAGUUUAGUAAACGUGGCGGAAAAGCAGAUGUAGGUGUGUCUAUUUAGCGAAGAAACCCAUCACAAAACUCGGUGAAUAAACGGAGGACGCACUUUCGGCGUUGUGCAACUUAAAA